GACUGCGCAGGCGCACUGUGAGAACAAUUGAUUCACGCGGGUGUUCAGUGGCAGAACUUCUCCGGUGAAUCUCCGGUAAAGUUUUCGGUUAGCUGUUACAGGAAUGUGCUAACUGUUAGCCAUACACAGUGCAGUCUACACUGUUAGCUAACGGGUAGCUAACAGUUAGGCCUUCCGUGGUUUGACGUUAGCUGCGAAGUUAGCCAGGGAGCUAACUAGACGUGCUGUUAGCUAACUUUAGCUUUAGCAUCAACGUCUGUUUACCACAGUUCAGGAGGAUCAGCUGACUCUCCGUUCCCACCACAGAAGAAGAAGAGGAGGAGGAUGGUGUCAGAGAGAGGGGUGGGAAAGAAGAGGGGGGGGGCGGCGCUGUCUCGGGACGACUGUCUCUGUCCCGUCUGUCUGGAGAUCUUCAUGGAGCCGGUUACUCUGCCCUGCACACACUCCUUCUGCAAGGUCUGUUUCCUGGAGUCCGUGGACAAGGCCACCCUGUGCUGUCCACUGUGCAGGAAGAGGGUCUCCAGCUGGGCUCGUCUCCACAGCAGGACCAACUCUCUGGUGGACCAGGACCUCUGGACCAGGAUCCAGACCUCCUUCCCUCUGCAGUGUCAGCGCCGCCUCAACGGCCAGGACGCUGAGCCAGACGGCCCAGGAGUGUCUGUGUGUUUCCCCAGAGUGAGUCAGCCUGGAGAGCUGAAGCAGGAGUAUGAGGAACAGGUGACUAAACUGACGGAGGAGAGGAGAGCUCUAGACGAGGAGGAGAGCAGAGCCAGUCAGGAGUUGAUCCAGAAGCUGCUGGCUGAGGAGCAGAAGCUGCUCCAGGAGGAGAUGAAGAGGAGAGAGGAGGACGAGAGGCUGGCCCGCCUGCUCAGCUCUCAGCUGAACUCAGGUCCGGUCUCUCAGGAGAACCUGGGUCCUGUUAACGCUGCUCCAGCCAAGAAGAGGAAGAAGGAGGUCAGCGGACAGAUGGACCGGUUCUUGUGUCCUCUUCCAUCUAACAGCAUGUUGACAACCAACCAGGUGGAUCGGCCCCUCCCCAAACUGGAUUACUACGGCGCUGUGACAGACCCCCCCCCUCACAGAGCAGCUCCUCUUCCUCUCUCUGUGGAGGAGGACCUUCAGCUGACUGGACGCCCAGGGUCCAAGAGGAAGAGCUCGGAGCUGGACACGGUCUGGCCCCCCUCCUCCUCCUCCUCCUCGCUGGGGGGUGCGGCCCUGCAGGAGAUGUCAGAGGGGGCAGGGCCAGACUGGGGGUUGUCAGAGGGGGCGGGGCCAGACUGGGGGGUGCAGCUGCAGAGCAGACGGCUGCAGGAGGAGCAGGACCGGCAGCUGGCUCUGCAGCUGCAGAAGCAGCUGGACCAGGAGGAGAAACGCAGAGCUACGAGCAGAGGCCCCGGAUCCUCAGACCAGUACCUGCUCCGCCCAACCCUCCACCCCCCCAACGGAGCCUCUGGUAACUCCACCCCUUCAUCUGCAAAGACUACAAACUGUGUAAAGACUACAAGGUCCAGCAGCCCCAGCAGCCCCAGCAGCAGAGGCCGUAAACAGACCACUCUGACGGAGCUGUUCUCCAGCAGCUGAACUCUGAGAGACCUCCUUAGAGCUGCCUUCACUUCCUCUAGUCCCAGAGACGCUACAGCCAGCUGA